AUGGGGGUUUGUAAAGGUCCUCAAAUAUUUAAAAAAUAUGUAAAAUGUUGUAAACCAUUCAAUACGAUAAUGUUACCAAAUUAUCAGCAACAUUAUUUGUUUUAUUCAUCGUGUAAUUUUUCAACUUUGAAUGACAAGAAACCACAAAGUCUUUACCAUCAUUUGUACUCGAGAAUUUUAGCCUGCGGACCUAUUACAGUUUCCGAUUACAUGAAAGAAGUUUUAACACAUCCAAUCGUAGGAUACUACAUGAACAAAGACGUUUUUGGCAAACAAGGUGAUUUUAUAACAUCGCCAGAAAUCACGCAAUUAUUUGGAGAGAUGAUAGCUAUUUGGAUGAAAUAUGAAUCACAAAAAAUUUCAAAAGGUCCUUUCCAAAUUGUUGAACUAGGUCCAGGUAGAGGAACUUUAAUUAAAGAUAUAUUAAGGGUGUAUAAACAAUUUAAAUCUCUAAAUAAUGUAACGGUACAUUUGGUCGAAAUUAGUCCUACUUUGUCUUCGAUUCAGGCAAAGAAUUUAUGUAAAACAGUUAUAGAAAAUGAUGUGAAUAACAAUGAAUUUAAGAAAGAUAAUUCUGUCAAUUAUUACAGAAAAGGUAUUACAGAAGAUGGAGUAAAAAUAUAUUGGUAUUAUUCUGUUAAGGAUGUGCCUAAGAAUUUUAGUAUAUUUUUAAUGCACGAGUUUUUUGAUGCGUUACCAAUUCAUAAAUUUCAGAAAACUGACAGAGGCUGGUGUGAAAUUUUAGUGGACAUAGUCCAAGGAAGCAAUGAAGAAAAAUUUCGUUACGUAUUGUCAAAUGCAUCGACACCUGCUACUUUAUAUAUAUCAGCUGAUGAAAAGAGAGAGCAUAUUGAAAUUAGUCCAGAAACCUUAGUAAUAGUGGAUUAUAUAGCGGAUUUUUUAUGGGAACAUGGUGGAUUUGCCUUAAUUUGUGAUUAUGGUCAUAAUGGUGAUAAAACUGAUACUUUUCGUGGAUUUUUUCAGCACAAAAUACAUGAUCCACUAUUAUGUCCAGGAACUGCAGAUUUAACAGCAGAUGUUGACUUUGCUGCUAUUAAAAAAAUUGCAGAAAAAGAUGAUAGAUUAAUAGCUUUCGGACCAGUAAAUCAAUCCAACUUUUUACGAAACCUUGGAAUUGAUGUAAGAUUACAAAUGCUCUUAAAAAAUGUUUCAGAAGAAAGAAAGAAAUCGUUAAAAUCUCAAUAUCAUAUGAUAAUGGAUGAAGAUAAAAUGGGAACACGUUUUAAAGUUUUAUCACUAUUUCCAUCUAUUUUGAAAGAAUAUUGUGCAAAAGUACCAGUGGUAGGUUUUUAUUAAACAUAAACACUACAGUAAAAUGUUAUAUUAAACAUUUGUGUAAUAUAUUUGUGUAUUAUAUAUUUACAUACACACAUAUUUAUUUUAAAUAAAUAAAUAAUGAUAAAACUUUAUCUGUACUAAAAUUUUUAUAACAAAAAAAUAUAUUUACAAAAAUUGCAUUUAUAUAUACAAAUUUGUGCUUAAUUACGAUUUAUUAAUUUCAGAUUCAUAUUUUUUCCAUAUUUCUGAAAAUUUUAAUACUUUUUCACGUUGUUGAUCAAAGUUUUCUUUUCUCGGUUUUCGCCACACAUCCCGAUUUAGAUCUAACAUUCCGCCUAUAAUUUCCUACAAUAAAUAAAAUAUUUUAAAUAAUCUUUUUGCGAGAUAAUAAUUUAUUUAUAUUUAGAAAAAAAAUUACCUGUGCAAAAUUUGUAG